AUGCGUUUUGAAAGAGGCGUGCCUCGAGAAAGGACUACCAGCAAACGUGAAUCCGAGGAUCCGCGGAAUGAUCCUCCUAACGGGGAUGAACACUAUGACACUUACGACACGUAUAUGAUGAGAGCUACAAUCACUUUUGAGAUUGAUGAUGAAUUGGUUAGUGACAAGAUAAUUUAUAAAAGGUGGAUGGGGCAAUUGAUGUGUUCGUGUAAAUGA